AUAGACCUCACCUACCUGUUACAUGCAUUCAUGCUCCGUACACUGCGCGCAAGGACAUUGCAACUUGAUCUCUAUCUUGAUUGAAAGUGGAACAUAGAAUAAAUACUGUGCAGAUAUAGUUAAGGGCAAAAUAAAUGUUGGUUUGACAUCGACACAGAAGAUGCAUGUUUUGGACGCUCCAUAAAAGUGCCUUCGAAGAUUGUUUAUAGCAACGACAUGACUACAGCAACAGUCUUGGUAUCCAUCCCUGCUGUAUCAUUCCCUGUGACUGACCUCUCUGCUCCAGCAUGUCUCGAGUGUCCUCCACCCCCAGGUACAGCCCCGGCUCCAACCCCCUGGGCUACUACAGCACUUAUGAGCCCACCAUGAGCUACCCCCGUAGGGGAUCAGAGCUUCUCCACCUCCCGUUCCCAUCUUCCAUGUACGCCAUCUCCACCUCCAGGAACCUGGGCCUCAUCAGCCCCAGCCACAACCACAGAGGGCCAGAGAGGGGGAGAGCCCAGCUACCCCUCCCCAGGAUCGAGGUCCCCCAGGCAAGUCGGCGCAGUGAAAGCUUCAGCCGAGCCCUGGGGGCCACCAACAAAUGGCGGCCAGUUGGGGAGCGUAGUAACACCAAUGGGGGUAGUAGGGGUCUCUCGCCGACUCGUCCGGCGUACCUUAUGGUGUCCACCUCGCCCUUGUCCCGCCGGCAUCGCUUGGUCAGCCAGUCGAUCCUCACCCAGGACCUGGCCUCCAUGGGGCUGUCUGACCAGCAGCCCUGCCCUGCCAUCAGAGGACGGAGUCCAGCCAGAGCUGAUUACUAUAGCUUUCCCUACUGGGUCUCUGAGAACUCCAAGAGUCCUCAAGGCCUGGUGGGACUGAGAAACCUCGGCAACACCUGUUUCAUGAACUCAAUCCUGCAGUGUCUGAGCAACACUCCUGACCUGAGGGACUACUGUCUGAGGAACACGCACCGCACCGACCUCAACAACAACUGCAGGGCCAAGGCCGCUCUCAUGGAGGAGUUUGCCAAACUCACCCAGACCCUAUGGACGUCAGUCAGCAGCGAGGCCAUCAGUCCCUCAGACUUCAAGACCCAGAUCCAGAGAUACGCGCCCAAAUUUGUGGGAUACAAUCAGCAGGACGCUCAGGAGUUCCUGCGUUUCCUAUUGGAUGGCCUCCACAACGAGGUCAACAGGGUCACAGUGCGGCCCAGGCUCCCGGCCGAGGACAUUGACCACCUCUCUGACAAUGAGAAAGGGAAGAAAAUGUGGAACAAAUACCUAGAGAGAGAGGACAGCAAAGUGGUCGAUCUGUUUGUUGGCCAGCUGAAGAGCUCUCUGACCUGCAGUGAGUGUGGUUACUGCUCCACAGUGUUCGAUCCAUUCUGGGACUUGUCACUACCCAUCGCUAAGAAAGGUUCAGGGGAGGUGAGUCUGACAGACUGCAUGCGAUUCUUCACCAAAGAAGAUGUACUGGAUGGAGAUGAAAAACCGACAUGCUGCAGGUGUAAAGCCAGAAGGAAAUGCACGAAGAAGUUCACCAUCCAGAAGUUCCCCCAGAUCCUUGUGCUUCACCUCAAGCGCUUCUCAGAGAACCGCAUCCGAACCAGUAAACUCUCUACCUAUGUCAACUUCCCCCUCAAAGAGCUGGACAUGAGGGAAUUUGCCUCCGAGAACAGCAUGAAUGCAGUGUAUAAUCUCUAUGCGGUGUCCAACCACUCUGGGAACACACUGGGUGGCCACUACACAGCCUACUGCAGGAACCCAGCCCUGGGGGAGUGGUACAGCUACAAUGACUCCAGGGUGAGCCCCAUGUCAUCCAGCCAGGUCCGCAGCAGUGAUGCCUACGUGCUCUUCUACGAGCUGGCCUCCUCCUCUCAUUCACGCCUGUGAAGCUACAUGCCAUGGACAUAUAGGCUACGUAAAGCCUGGCAGCCUGGUCAUACGGCUAAUAUAUGGACUACAUAGAUCUACACAGCGCCUGGAUCCUAUGCAACGAGCUUAAAAAGCCUGUGUCUGGUCUGAUAGUUUACUUUUGAGCCUUGCUCUGUAUAUAUGUAUACAGUAGCCAUUGGCACCAUGGAUUCAGCUACAACACAUAGGCUGCACUGCCAGGAUACAGAUAUUGAGUUGAGGUUCAACCAUAGCGGUUCUCCCGGGGACGUUGGGAAGAGUGGGUGUGUGCGUGCGCAGUCGCCAUGCCGACGGUGAAAAUAUAUAUUUAUUUUUUUAUGCACUACAACGAGGUCUCUAAGACCCUAAGCCGGAGUUUCGUCAUUCAUUUCAAGGUCACCACUGAGACAUGAGACUAUCACUUGACCUUCCGUUCUGUAAAUGAUUCUAUUUAAACAAAUGUCACCAUAUUUGUGACUUUAGAGAUGGAUGACUGUCUAGCACCAUCUGGGGUAGAACGAGGUCAGUGUUUGUACGUACAGUUGUAAAAGGCUUAAACAUAACUAGGAAUGACUUCAAACAGUAUUUGACCUGGGUUCCUAUACUAUUUGAAACUCUUUCAAAUACUUUGAGGUAUUGCUUAAGCCUGCCUGGGGUGCCAGGUUUGCAGGGUUUGCAGAGCAUGUUUGUGACUUUUCAUUUGUUCCAUUGCAACAGGAGAGCUUAAUAAAGCACAGCUAAAGUAUUUGUAAUGAUUUAAAAUAGUAUUUGAACCCAGGGUCAUAUUUAUUAAUGUAAAUAAUAAAGAUGUUUUUUUUGCUACAAAAACUAGAGUUUGUUAUUGGACAAAUUCAGCUAAUCCCUAACCCAUUUGGUCUGUAUUUGUCCGUUUGGUGUCUACGACCCUGAUCUGUUCAAAACAAGGACUCAAAAUGGUGUAAUUUUCUAUCUAAUAUUCAAACACACCUGUACAGUAAAUGGCUUUGAUUAAAAUAGUAAUCUUCUCCACCUGUGCCAAAUAUGAACUCCUAAAGGGACAGUUCAGAGAAAUUACAUGUUUAGAUAUUUAUUCCCUUAUCUUGAAAGCAAUUUAUUGACAAACCGUGACUACAAUCCACACUUUGUUCAACUAGUCUCUGCUAACAAAUGCUAAUAUUAUUAGCAUUUUUUAAACAGAAACCAAUCUAGGUUAAUCUUCUCCAUUAAGCAUGUUUUACAUGUCAUGUCCAAAUGAUCUAUAUAAAUGGAUUUUGUUGCCCAGUUAACCAUGACUUUAAACAAUUCAGAGUAUUAAGGGCCCAUUCCUUAAUGCAGAAAACAACACAAUGGCAGCCCGUCACUUGGUUUGCUAAGCUAAGAGGGUUACCACUUUCCAUUAUGGAGAUGUGGAUGUCUAAUUAGAUUGCAUUUUUAAGCAAAAUUAAUGGCAAUAAUUCAUUUGGAUGUCUUGUGCACCUGCCCCCCUAAAUGUCUAAAUGCCCAAGGCCUGUAUUAAUAAAAUGUCUCACAGUAGGAUUGCUGAUCAAGGACUAGGUCCCACCCGUCCAUACAAUCUUAUUCAUUGUGAUAUUAUAAAGCAAAAACAGAACUCCUACUCUGAGACUAUUUGUGAAUACGGGCCAUGAGGUCAGUCCUGAUCCACUGGGGGGUGGUCUCCCCACGAACAUAUUCCCAUAGGAGAUUGUGUGUGAGUCCAAGUCUAAAUCCUCUCAGUAGCAGCAGCUUGGCCCAAACACAGUGGAUAGUUGUUGUUUUGCGUGGGGCUAAUUUGGAGGUAACCUGCCUGCUGCCUUUCUUCGUGCUCUCUUUCUACUGCUCUGUCUCUACUCUCUGUCUCUCCCUCUGAACUCUGCCUCUCUUUCUCUUCUCUCUCCCUCAGCCUGCCUCUACAUCUAGGUCAGUCACCCCAUUUCUCUUCUCAGUGACUUCUGGCUGGAGACUAAUCCUUAUGUCACUGAUCUUGUUAAUGUGGGUAUUAAAGAGAGAGAGGGUAUGUGUGGGUGCAUGUACAGUGGGGCAAAAAAAGUAUUUAGUCAGCCACCAAUUGUGUAGGAUUUUUUAUGAAUUUAUUUGCAAAUUAUGGUGGAAAAUAAGUAUUUGGUCAAUAAAACGUU